AUGCAGGAGGGGUUGGAGGUAACUAACUACUUUACCGGAUGGGUGGCGCUCUGCCGGCCGCCGCCAUCGUUUUGGCCGCUGUCCCAUCCCGUCUGCCGCCAGUCAUCCAUCCAGUGCAGUGCAUGGAACUUACCCGUCAUCCCGUCCAUCCCCCCGCUGGCUGCUAAUUUAGGCACUAUCGGCGCCCGGGCAGGGUUGCAGCACACCUGCCUCGGGUCGUGGCACGGCUGCCCUCCAGUGUCUCGAGUAUCGAGUACCGCGAGCGCGCCAGAUAGGAGGUACCCAGGCUAG